CACCAUUGGCCCUAGCGCCUUCACUGCCGAGACGUCCAUUCUUUUUUUAUUGCCCUCCCUAUCACCCUCUCCUCUGACUCCUCACCCCCCACACGACACAAAACAUCCAUCUCCCACACCGUCAAUCGCGAGAACCGUCGCCCCCGUCAAGCCAGCGACUACACCGCGCCCUUCAUCGUCUCGCCGAACCCGUCCCGGACGCGGACCGCAGAAUGAAGAUCUUCCAGCAGAGUACCGAGUUUGACUACUCGUGGGAGGAAGUGUCCACGUCCAACUGGGUCAAGUACGGCCCUUGGAACGAGAAGACGCCGCAUGUCAUUGCUGUCGACACCCUCAGUCGGACGGUUGACCCUGCGACGGGCAUCCUCCGCACUGAACGCCUCAUCACUUGCCGACAGUCCACACCCAAGUGGAUAAACUCCAUCCUCGGUGGCCAAGACACAUCGCUGGUCUAUGAGACUUCCUACGUCGACCCCAAGGCGAAGACGGUCACGCUGUGCUCCAUGAAUAUGACCUGGUCGGAUCUCCUCAACGUGCGCGAGACCUGCGUCUACCGUCCCUCAUCAUCCGCCCCGCACGCGAAGACCACCUUCCAGCAGCGUGCCGAGAUCACAGCCCUGUGCGGUGGAUGGCAAAAGAUCAAGAACAGCAUCGAGCAGUUCACCGUCGAGCGGUUCCAACAGAACGCCGCCAGGGGCAGGGAGGGCUUCGAGAUGGUCCUGCAGCGCGCUAGGGAGGUCUUCGCCGAACAGCGUGACAUCAUCCAGCUGCAGCAGAAGUCCAAGAUUCUGCAGGAAGCACGGUUAUAGCAUCUCGAUGAUCUCCCGCCUCACCCGCCUUAUGUCCGUCACGGUUCCAUAUUUUGCAUCUUGAAGCUUCCGGAAUAUUUGUCUUCGACUUGGCGUCUGCUUGCAUUUCCAGCGAUCUCGACAUAAUCAUUUUACAUGGACAUCUACGUUUGGAUGUCC